AUAAGUCGGAAGGCGAUGUCCCAGAUCGGGGAACUGAUCCGGGUGCCGGACUCCGUCCGGCAACUCAUCAGAGAAAAGUUGAACGUCGACCAGGAGGAGAUCGACGAGAACAUCAAAGUCCUGAGGGAGUGGAUGGAGAAGACGCCUCAUCUACCGUAUGAAAAAUCCAACCAACGACUGGAAUAUUUCCUGUUGCACCACAAAAUGAGCCUGGAAAAGACCAAGUUCGCCCUGGAGGGCUACUACACCGCCCGCAGCGUCCUGUCGGACUUCUUCGACAAGCUGGUGCCACACACCCUAGACUUCCAACGUGCCAAGACUUACACUUGCGUGGUGGUUAUGCCUGAGCUAACCAAUGACAACUCCAGGAUAACGAUUCACAGGCUCACCAACUUCGACAGCGACAUGUUCGACCCAAUGGAGGCUCUAAUAAUGUUGCUGAUGAUCACAGAGAUUCGCUUCUGCGAAGACUACAACUCCAAAGAGGUUGUGGUCAUUGAUCUGUUGGGCUACAACUUGAAACACUUGGUUAAGUUCACCCCCAAGGUUAUCAGAAAAAUUAGGUACAUCUUAACUAAAACUUUAAACUACGAGGUGCGCGACAUCCACAUAAUAAACGUGCCGGUUUUCGUCGACAAAAUCCUUCCGGUCUUCCGGGGCAUAAUCCCCGGUAAAAUUUACAAAAAGGUCCACGUCCAUUCGUCCAUGGAACACUUCCAUCAGCACGUCUCGCCGGAUUAUCUGCCGAAGGAUUACGGCGGCUACCAGAAAUGUUUGAUUGAACUCUACAAUAAGUGGUGCGAGGAGCUGCAGUUUUGGGAACCGUUCUUCGCCGAACAUAUGUACAUUAAGUCCGACGAGAAGAAGAGGGUCGGCAGGAACCAUGAGUUCGAGAUUUUUGGUACCGGAUCUGAAGGUUCGUUUAAGAAGAUUAAUAUUACUUUACAUGCUAUCCACACCAAAGACGAGUCACUUUUAAGUCAACCAGAGUCAAGUGAACGAACCACGAUGUCCAAACUAUCGAAAUUGCUGAAAGUCACGGAGGAGGAGAAGAUCGGCAUCCUCAGGGAGCUGAACGUGACCGAAGAGAAUUUCGAGGAAGACGUGAAAAGACUGCAGGAAUGGAUAGCGACCAGUCCACAUCUGCCCAAAGGAGACGCGGUGCACAAGGUAAAGAUGAGCCUCCUCAACUCGAAGAUGAGCCUGGAGAAGGCCAAGAAAUGUCUGGAGGGCUACUACAAGAUGAGGACACUCUACGCUGACUUUUUCGACCGGCUGUUACCGGAAAGUGAAUACUUUACUAAAGGAAAAAAAUACUCAAAACUGGCGGUGAUGCCCAAGUUAACACCGGAUCUGUGCAGGGUUACAAUCAGUAAGAUCAACGAUGUUGAUGGCGAGGCUGAGGAUGGGUUAUGGUACUACGUCCCCGGUUUGAUGGUUGGAGAAAUUAGGAUCUUACAUGAUUAUUUCCUUUCCAAUAUUUUGAUUUUCGACAUGGAGCUGUACAAUAUGAAAAAUCUGCUCAAGUUUACGCCCUCCAUCAACAAAAAGCUCGUCAAUAUUUUAACUCUGGUAAACCUAAGAAUAAAAGCAAUUCACUUCGUGAAUUGUCCUCCAAUAAUAGACAGAAUUAUGGCCCUAACAAAAGCACUUCUUCCCGCCAAAAUUGUGGACAAAUUCCACUUCCAUUCCAACCUGGAGUCGCUGAAGGAGUUCGUACCAGCCGAGUGUCUUCCCAAAGAUUACGGCGGUACUGAACCAACUUUGGACGAACUUUAUGAUGAGUGGUGUCGAGAAAUCGAGGUGAACAGCAACCUGUUCAACGAAGUGGUGAAGUACAAAUCUACGGAACUCAUCACUACCCCAAUCAUGGAGACCUAUGGUAUUGGAACAGAAGGAUCUUUCAAAAAGCUCGCCAUCGAUUAAUCCUUCACGAACUUAUUGUGAUCCGAUAUGAAUGUAGUAAUUUAUUCACUUAAUAUAAAUAAAACAAGUUGAUUAAUACGUUAA